UGUCCCCUGGUGUCCCCAAGUGUCCCCCCCGCCGCCACCCCGCUACCCCCGAGCGGGGGCGCUGGGACAAACCCGCCCUGGGGACACCUCAGGGACCCUCCGGGGGGCACGGGAGCCCCUCGGAGCGCCGUGCCUUGGUGACAGGAGGUGGCGGUGGAGGGGUGUCCCCUGUGGGACCCCCCCGCGGGCCCCCCCGGCCCCGCUGCCUCCGUCAAUCAGCGCUGGCCCCGCUCCCGGCGCCGGGAACAUGGAGGGCCCCGAGCUGCUCCGGCUCUGGGUGCUGGCAGCCCUGGCCCUGGGGGUGUCCCUGGCCACCGUCCCCGACCACCACGUCCUCCCCGACCUCCGCGUCUCCGCCGAGACCGGAGCCAUCUUCGUCCACGAGCUGGAGCGGGAGCCGUUCCUGGAGGCCUUCAGCGGCAGCGAGGAUGAUGAUGCCCCCGUGACCUUCCGUGCCCACCUGCGGGGCCGCCCGGACCUGCCGCGGUGGCUGCGCUUCGCCCAGCGGGGCCCCGGCCAGCCCGGCUUCCUGUACGGUUGCCCGCUGGCCCCCGAGCUGGGCACCCACAGCGUCCAGGUGCUGGCCUACAACCGUCACACCUUCGCCACCGCGUCCCAGCGCCUGCUCAUCAGCGUCACCCCCGCCCCAGGUGGGGACGCGCCCUUCCAGGCCGAGUUCCUGGUGGGGAACAGGGACGUGGAGGAGCUGCUGCCCGAGGCGGCGCGGGAGAUGUUCCUGCAGGCCUCGGCCGGGCUCUGGGAGCGCGGGGACCUGCACGUCAUCAAUGUCACCUCCGCCCUGGACCGCGGCGGCCGCGUCCCGCUGCCCAUCGAGGGCCGCAGGGAGGGGGUGUACGUCCAGGUGGGCUCCCACAGCCCCUUCUCGCCGUGCCUGGCGUCGGCCGUGUCCCCGCAGAGCCGCUCCCGCUGUCACCGCGGCCAGCGUCCCCUCGCCUCCUGCUACGACACCUUCGCCCCCCACUUCUCCAUCCGCUGGUGCAACCUCACCCUGCUGCAGGUCGGGCCCAGCCCCACCACGCCGGGGCCGGUGUGGGGGUCCGGGGUGCUGGAGGAGGGGGGCGGUUUCGAGCCGCCCACCGAGGUCGCCCCCCGGGAGCUGCUGCCCGCCUUCCUGGUGACGCUGCUGGUGCCGCUGGCGGUGGCCGCGCUGCUGUGCCUGCUCCUGGGCCACCUCAUGUGCUGCCGCAGGGAGGGAGUGGAAAAACGGGACUUGCAGACGUCUGACAUCCAGCUGGUCCAUCACAGCUCCAUCCUCGGGGACACCCGCGAGCUGCGGCUCAUGGCCGGCAGCCGGGACGUGCCCCGGCCGCUCUCCACGCUGCCCAUGUUCAACGUCCGCACGGGCCAGCGCACCAACCCCAUGGCCAGCGCUCGCCACGGGGCCCGCGCCCCGCUGCUCCCGCACUGAGGGGACACCCGCGCCGCGGGGACAACGCCAGCGCCGCGCGUCCGGGUGGCUUUGGGGGGGGGACAAAACCCCGGCAGCGGCAGGAGGAGCCGCGGGUCCGGCCGGGCUCUGCCCGGAGGAUUCGGGGUGUCCCCGCUUUAGGGUGAGUUUUGGUGGAUAAAUUGAGUCUUCAGUGACGAA